AUGCCAGCGUUAUACCAGGCGCUCGGGCAACGAGCCGUCGAGGCGGCCCCGCAUUUAGCGAAACGGGGUUUAUCCGUCAACCAUACCCAAAGUAUCACUCUGGGUGUUAUGGCCGUCUAUGUUGUGGUCAUCGCCUUGCUAUGGAAUCUCCCUUAUGUCCGCUGGGUUCUUUGGCCCUUCAAGAUGUUGGUUAUCGCAUUCCAUGAGUUCGGCCAUGCCAUAACCGCCUGCUGCACCGGCGGCAGAGUCAAAUCAAUCAGCCUGGAUCCUCACGAGGGUGGUGUUACCCACAUGCAAGGAGGAAUGAGCGCUGUCACCCUCCCCGCUGGUUAUCUCGGUUCAUCCAUCAUCGGCGCUCUCCUGAUCUUCGCCGGCUUUGAUAUUGUCGCAUCGAAAAUAGCUAGCAUCGUCCUUGGUGUUUGCUUCCUGUUGACUUUGUGGUGGGCCCGACGGGACUGGCUGACCAUCAUGACUGUUCUUUUGGCCGUGGGAUUGCUCGUGGCUUGCUGGUUCAUUGCCCACGGCGAGGCUUUACGAUGGGUGGUGCUCUUCAUUGGUGUCAUGUCUGCCCUUUAUAGUGUUUGGGAUAUUUGCGAUGAUCUCAUUCUGCGCAAAGUAAACAGCUCCGACGCCAGCGUUUUCGCCAAGCGGUAUGGAGGAUCUUCUCAGUGCUGGGGUGUCAUUUGGUCCAUCAUCAGCUUGUGCUUCAUGGCGAUCGGCAUCAUUGGCGGAAUCGCAGCCUUCCCCGAGAGCUUUUCUCAGCAGGAGACGGACUCCCAGCAUUUCAUCCCGACCUAA